AUAUCAGUUGCCAUUGAGUCGGUACAGAGAACGCGCGCGUGCGCCAUUGCAAACCGUGUUGAGUUCUAUUGAUCGACCAGUUUCCGGAAUUAAGUGCCAAAUUCCACUUCCGAAGGAAGAAAGCGCCAUCCGCGGUGGAAGUGUCCUUGUCAACCAAUUUGGAGUAUUUGAUUAGAAAAUCUGAAGAGACGACAUCCAACGCGCCGCGUCAGUGCAGGGAAGGGAGUGACCUUUAAGCGUGCAUUAAAGUGAGGUGACCCAUCGCAGGAUUAACACACCAAGACCGGUCCGUUGAUCUGAUCAGAUAAAGGUUCGCGGAACUGGCUGUGAUUGAUUCAGACACAUUACCACAUGAAAUAACAAACCUUAUCCGGCACCCUGUCAAUAUAGCGAAACUAGCACAUACCACAAAAUGCAAUCGGAAACGAUGACCGAGAGCAGCGGGUUCUUCGACCGGAUAAUGCAGUUCUUCAUAGACAACCAGGACGAGCGGACGAAGGACUGGUUCCUGUCCGGUUCGCUCACCCCGCUGAUCAUGAUCCUGGCCACGUACCUCUACUUCUGCCUGUACGCCGGUCCCCGGUGGAUGGCCAAGCGGAAACCCUUCAAGCUGGAGAACGUCCUCAUCGGGUACAACGCCGUUCAGGUGCUGCUCAGUGUCGUGCUGGUGUAUGAGGGUGUCCAAGGGGGUUGGAACGGGUACUACGAUUGGAAGUGCCAACCAGUGGACUACACGCGGGAUCCCAUCGCUAUGAGGAUGGCUGGCGCAGUUUGGCUGUACUACAUCUGUAAGGUCGUCGAACUGCUCGAUACAGUGUUCUUCGUGCUGCGCAAAAAGCAAAAUCAGGUAUCGUUCCUGCAUCUGUACCACCACACGUUGAUGCCCGUCUGCGGUUUCAUCGGUGUUAAGUACUUCGCCGGCGGGCAUGGAACCCUGCUGGGCGUUAUCAACUCGUUCAUCCACGUCUGCAUGUACGCGUACUACAUGCUGGCUGCGAUGGGACCCAAAGUGCAGCAGUACCUGUGGUGGAAGCGCUACCUCACCGUGAUGCAGAUUAUCCAGUUCAUAAUCGUGUUCUAUCACACGCUGCAAGUGCAGUUCCAGCCGAGCUGUAGCUACCCGAAAUCGAUCGCGGCCCUGCUGACGCUGAAUGCCGGCAUUUUCAUCUACAUGUUCAGCACGUUCUACGUCAGGAGCUACCUGCGGAAGUCGUCCGGCGGCGGCCGGCGAAACGGCGAGGUCAACAACAACCGAGCGGACUGCAAACCACUGGAGGUGGAGGAAAGUCGAACGGCGCCGGUGGUGGCCGACACCGCAGUGACAGCGGCAGACAAGAAGGACCUGUAGGGUCGUCGUCGGAACAAGUGCAGGGGAUUGAUCGUUGAGCGAAGUCACAUACAAAACCGAAUUGUUAGGCCUAGGACAGAUGUGGAACCGUAUCGAUACUAGUGAUAAGAGUUAAUUAUCGUCUUAUGUGAGCUUUCUUUUUCUCUUUGCCGACUCUAUUUUUUAAUUGUACAUUUUUUCUCUGUUAGGAAAAGACGAUUUAGGACUAUGUUAAAUAUAUUUAAUUACCAACUAUACAAGACGGGUUGUUUGAUUGU